AGAGAAAACCUUAAAACCCCACCAAUUCUAAAACCCUAGACGCUCUUCCUCCACCAAUUCCCCGCGCCACCCACACACAAGCAGCUGGAAAAUGGAUGUUGACGGCGGCGACGGAGCGGCGGCGGAGGAGUUCACGAGGCAAGUGCAAGUCCGCUUCGUGACGAAGCUAAAACCGCCGUAUAAAACGCCGCAGUCUUCCAUUUCCAUUCCCGCCAAGCUCACUCGACGCGGCCUUUCUACUAUCGUCAACAAUCUCCUCUUAGCCGUAAAUGGUGAUUGGCAAUCGGAGCCUUUCGAUUUUCUCAUCGAUGGGGAGCUUGUUCGGAUGCCGCUUCAAGAAUUUCUUCUUGUCAAAGGCAUUUCUGCUGAAAAAACACUUGAAAUUGAAUAUAUUAAAGCCAUUGCUCCAAGGAAAGAAGAAGAACCUUCUUUACACGAUGACUGGGUUAGUGCAGUCGAUGGUUCCAAUAACGGGUAUAUUCUUACGGGAUGUUAUGACGGUUUCGCCAGAAUAUGGAGAGGUGCAGGGAUUUGUACCCAUGUAUUAGAUGGGCAUUCUGGCCCGAUUACUUCUGUUUGUACAUUGACCCCAAAAGCUGAGAGUGGUAUAGAUCAAAUUGUUGCUACUGCUUCUAAAGACAGGACUAUAAGGUUGUGGAAGUUUGGUGUAGAGGAGACGCUAGACCAAUCAAAGAAGAUUACAGCAUUUAAGAUAUUGCGUGGUCAUAAUGCUGCUGUUCAGACCAUUGCAGCUGAACCUUCGACUGAUAUGGUAUGUUCUGGUUCGUGGGAUGGUGCUAUCAACUUGUGGAACACAAAUGCUUCUGACACUGACAGUGGUUCUGUAUCAUUGAAGAAGAGGAAAAAGGGUCGUAUGAAGGAGCCUCAGUCUGAGGGAGAAGCUUUAACAGCACUAGUGGGGCACACACAGUGCGUAUCUUCUGUAAUGUGGCCUCAACGAGAAACAAUCUAUUCAGCAUCUUGGGAUCAUUCUAUCAGGAGAUGGGAUGUCGAGACAGGCAAAGAUUCUCUAAGUAUGUCCUGUGGCAAGGUUAUCAACUGUCUUGAUAUUGGCGGUGAAAGUUCUGCCCUUAUUGCCGCUGGUGGUUCUGACCCUGUUCUUCGAAUAUGGGAUCCUCGCAGGCCAGGAACUUUGUCUCCUAUAUACCAUUUCUCGUCGCACAAUUCUUGGAUAUCGUCUUGUAAAUGGCACCCCAAAUCGUGGUUUCACUUGGUGUCGUCAUCGUAUGAUGGAAAAGUGAUGCUAUGGGAUAUAAGAACCGCGUUGCCGUUGGCUGUAAUAGACACACACAAGGACAAGGUGUUGUGUGCUGAUUGGUGGAGGGAGGAUAGCGUGGUUAGUGGUGGUGCCGACUCGAAACUUUGCAUUUCUUCUGGAAUAUCAGUUGUGCAGUGAUUAUAAAGGAUUGGCAAGAAGAUUAAGCUCAUGUGAAAAGUUGGAUCCGAACAAUGCAAAUUCGGGUAUCGACCCAAAUUUUUGGCUAAAUUUUGUCGAUUAUUAUAAACUCAAUACAAUGAAUCUUGUAAGAGCAUGAAACUGUUUUUCUAGUUCACAAAAAUAUUAUUUUUUCUUUUUUUAAUUUUAAUUUUUGUUUUGUUUUCUGUUUUAAGCAAAUGUUGAAGAAGGUUAACUUGUAACAUAUGUAAUGGUUACUAGAAAUACUGCACUUGUGGUUAGCCAGAUGAACUUUUUUUGCUUGAUUUUAAA